CCAGCAUUAUAAAGCUGUAGAAAGAUCUCUUUCAUUUCGCCCAGCAAAUCUGUGCAGCCUGAGAAGAAUUCUGAGCAGUUGUGGCACAAAACGGGAAUUAACUGAACAACUUUGCAAGACUUCAUUGACCAUAAACCACACGGGUUUACGACAUGCACAAUGGAGACGGGUGGAAUAGUGAUGACCCUUCAAGAUGGUGACAACGCCCGCCUGAAUUCCAGAACAAGCUCUACGCCACAAUAUGGAUCCAUAAGUGAAAAUCAGACAAAGGAUGAAACUACAUCAGUUAAAAUGGCGAUCCCGUCACCAAAACGUUCAUACAUAGCUGUUGCUGUGCUCUGCUAUGUGAACUUACUGAACUACAUGGAUCGUUACACAAUUGCAGGUAUCCUUCUCAACAUCCAGCAAUAUUUCAGGAUAAAUGACAGCACAGCCGGCCUUCUUCAGACAGUUUUCAUCUGCAGUUUCAUGCUGCUGGCCCCAGUUUUUGGUUACCUCGGAGAUCGUUACAACAGGAAGUUGAUCAUGGUGGGCGGACUGAGCGUGUGGAUUGUGACAACUCUGGGCAGCUCUUUCAUCACCGAGUCGUACUUCUGGGUGCUACUACUGAUGAGAGCUUUGGUUGGGACAGGAGAGGCCAGCUACUCGACUAUAGCCCCCACCAUUAUUGGUGAUCUCUUCUCUGGUACGCAAAGGACUGUCAUGAUAUCGUUCUUCUACAUCUUUAUUCCAGUGGGAAGUGGACUUGGAUAUAUAAUUGGAUCAUCAGUUGCAACUGCCACUGGGGACUGGCGCUGGGCACUCAGGCUCAAUCCCAUACUGGGGCUUGUUGGUUUGAUCCUACUCAUACUCCUGAUCCCCAACCCUCCAAGGGGGGCCUCAGACACACAAGGAGGGGCACUCAUGGAAAACACCUCCUAUUUAGAGGACAUCAAGUCCCUCAUGAAGAAUCGCAGCUUCGUCUGGUCCUCGCUGGGGGUGACAGCGAUGGCCUUUGUGACGGGGGCGCUGGCCUUCUGGACGCCGGUCUUCCUGUCCCGAGCUCAGGUGAUGCAGGGGAUCAGGCCGUCGUGCUCAAAGGAGCCUUGCGACACCACUGACAGCUACAUAUUUGGCGCCGUGACCGUGGUGACCGGGAUUGUGGGAGUGGCCAUUGGCACCUUGCUUGCCAGGAGACUGAGGGACAAAGUGCCUAACGCUGAUCCUCUCAUCUGUGCGACGGGCAUGCUGUCCUCCGCUCCCUGCUUGUUCUUGGCCAUUGUAUUAGCCUACAACAGCAUCCCAGCAACUUAUGUUUUUAUUGCUAUUGGGGAGACGUUACUCUCGCUAAACUGGGCAAUUCUGGCUGACAUCCUGCUGUACGUUGUCAUACCGACCAGGAGGGCAACAGCAGAGGCCUUGCAAAUUAUGGUUUGCCACCUCCUUGGUGAUGCAGGAAGUCCUUACUUGCUGGGUGCAAUUUCUGACGCUCUGAACAGGUCAUACCCUGACACGUACACGUGGAGGUUCCGCAGCCUGCAGUACAGCCUUCUGCUGUGCCCUUUUGUGGGGGUCCUGGGGGGCCUGUUCUUCCUCAUGACGGCGCUCUACAUCGCGGAGGACAGGAAGGCAGCGCAGCUGCAGGCCGCAGGUGGGGCUCCUCCACAAGCUGUGCCUGUCACAGAGUCCGCUUGACCUCAAUGGAGUGAGAUUUGACUGCAGAAAGAACCAAAUUCCUGCCUGUUCCUGAGGCAGGCCAGUCUGCUGCACAUGAAGAGGCACAUAUGGAUGUACCAACUGGAGAACACUCAGUGCUGGCCAGGAGGCUAAUUUAGCCCUUAUGAGGGUACUUUUGGAAUUAUACAAAUAUGGGUAUACAGACGAGCUUUAAUAAUGAAAAAUGAAACACCAUUUCUUUGUUCAAUGCCAGUCAGGAACUGGCUGGAAAUUUUUAUCAGUAUUUUGUGUUUUUGUUAGUUUUAAAUUUAAAAAAUCUAUCCUGUUUUAAAAAAUAUUUUUUCAAUUUGUAAAUAAUAUAUUUGCUAUGUCCAGUGGGAAUAAUUACCUGCAUCAGUCACACCACCUAUUGACUGAGUUAUGAAUAAAAACCCACACUCCGUCA